GCAAGGAGACUGGAUGAUUACCCGUGAAGCCCUAACUAUGAGGCCAAUCGGGGUAGAGGCGACUCCCGCGGCCGAUGGGAGACAGAUCAGGGCCGACGAGAUGGAUAUAGGGACGACAGAUACGAGAGAUCGGACCGAGAUGGAUAUAGGGACGACAAAUACGAGAGAUCGGACCGAGACAGAUAUAGGGACGACGGAUACGAGAGGUUGGGUCGAGAUGGCUACAGAGGUGGUAGGUAUGAAAGAGGAGAUCGGAACUAGGAAUGACGAGAUGGGUCACGCGGACGGUUUGAGCGCGGGGGAGAUGCGAGAGAGCAACGCAACGAGUCGCGGGGAUGGUACAACCGAGGGGACCGACGCGAUGAGUCACGAGGGCGAUAUGACUCGGGGGACCGCCGGAAUGAUUCGCGAGGGCGGUAUGAGCGAGGAGGAUGUGGAGGAGACCGCCGCAACGAUUCGCGCGGUCGGAAUGAGAGAGGGGGAUAUGGCGUCUCAUCAGAACCAUAUCCCAAAUGGUCUGGGAGAUGUAUCGAUGUUUCCUUCGAUGAAGGAGAAUGUCGAAGCAAGGAGAGUAAAGCCGAGUAAAGAAAAGGAGCCGGUCAGGAGCCAGAGCAUCAAGAUAACCUUUGCGGGGGAUAUGGCUACCACACCCAUAAGGGUGGCAGCCACCAAGUCGGCGAGAAGGUCUACACCGAAGAAGACUGACACGGAUUACGUGAUGACGGAGAAGGACGGGCAGCGGGUCGAUGGAGAGGAGUGCUCUAUUCUGGAGUACCUGGCGGCAUCGAAGCCGGCUCGUGAUGAGUUACAGAUGAUCACGCGGAAGACUCACAUACCUCUAUCGGAGGAGGGUCAGGGGGCCCCUAAGGCGGAAGCUUCUACACUAGCAGUAACGGGGGUGAUUGCCAGAGCGGAUCGCAUGGCGACAGUCAUUCUCGAUGGAAUGGAAGGUGUGACUCCAGACAAGUUUUAUAUACUUGGUAGCGGGGCCGUGGAGACGAUUAUAAACGAUGGAGCGGUACUCGAUGCUGUGAUCGAUAAUGGCAGUGAGGCUGUCAUCACAGACGAGGACCUGGCAGUACAGGUUGGACUAGGCCUCGAUAGGUCAUACCUAUUCGAGAUAGAGACGGCUGAUGGGAGAAAGCAACAGAUCAUUGGGGUUUGUCACAAGGCAGCCAUAGAGGUCCAAGGGGUACGAGUGACCCUGCCUGUCUUUGCAGUCAAGAACUGCAGCUCCGACCUGCUCUUGGGUCGAACGUGGCUAAGCCACGUGCAUGCGGUGACGAUAGAGCGACCUGAUGGGAGCCAAACAUUGUCCAUUAGGAAGCCAGACGGGACGCGGGUAAUGAUUGAGACAGUGGAGCCUCGGGACCCGCGGGACCCGAGGAACAAAUCAGCUCUCGCUGUCGGUGCGAGACCCAGUGAUCAGAUUAAGUCGUUACCUAUCUCUGGCCGCGCGGUGCAAUAUCGCGAGAAGAAAUAUGGACCACUGCUCACAGAGGAAGAAGGUCGGAUCGUGGAGGUGGAAGAUUUAGGGAGUCGGCUAAUAGUGGAUGACAACUCGUACCCAAAUGAAAAAGAUGAGGAAUUUGGCGGUGUGGUAUCCGUGUCUUUUUUAAAGGCACGGCCCCCUAUUGGGGGCUACCCAAGCGACACAAGUGAGUAGCUCAAAAAGUUAAGCCAGGGGCGGUGGGCCGCGAGCGAUCUGCACUGGAAGGGAUAUCGGAAGAAGAGAUCGCGAAAGAAAUCAAAGAAAGAAAGAGAA